AUGGCCCUUCUCUUCCUCAAGCGGAAGCUGUUUCCAGCUCAGGAAUCAAAAAUAUCGAAAUCAGGCAAGCCUCUUCUAGCUCGCAUCGACGACGACGAUACCAUCCGCGGCGACUUGGACCACGACAUCGAGUCCCAGAGCGGUCGUUCCUAUGACACCUUUGGACGCUGCAUCAGCAAUGACGGAUCUACCGUAGGAAGCAGCAGUAGCAGCAGCAGCAGUACACGCGCACGCAUAAACCCGCGUAUCAUCUCAGAUGCCAUUCUCGGGUUAUCAGACGGAUUGACAGUCCCCUUCGCCCUGAGCGCGGGCCUGUCCGCUCUUGGAAACACAAAGGUGGUCGUGCUGGGUGGUCUGGCCGAAUUGGCAGCCGGCGCCAUCUCCAUGGGGUUGGGUGGAUAUGUCGGAGCAAAGAGUGAAGCCGAAUCAUACCAAGCCACAGUCCGUGAAACACAAGCCUUGAUUGAGGGCGACUCGCAAGAAACACAGGAUAUGGUCCGUGAGACUUUCGCGCCCUACGGACUCUCCAGCACCGCCAUUGAGGAUAUCACACGCGACCUGCACGCCUCGCAUGAGCGAUUGUUGGAGUUCCUGUUGACCUUCCACCACCGCGAGUCCGCACCCGACUGUAACCAGGCCUGGAUCUCGGCGGUCACACUUGCUCUGGGUUACUUCGUUGGUGGUUUCAUCCCUCUCAUUCCCUACUUCAUCGUGUCUCAGGUCAUGACGGCCCUGUACUGGAGUAUCGGUGUGAUGGGAGUCACCUUGUUCGCAUUUGGUUACAUCAAGACCUGCGUUGUGCGCGGGUGGGAUGGACGGGAUAACAUCAUUGCGGGUAUCUGGGGAGGUGUCCAAAUGUGCUUCGUUGGAGGUGUUGCUGCUGGUGCUGCUAUUGGCCUCGUGCAGCUGAUUGACACCGGCGGUGCCAACUAG